GUUACCAUGGAUAUCCAGUUCAAGGGCUGUACACUGAAAAGCUUGCAAUCAAAGCUGUGUGGGGUUUACGAGCAGAUUAAGUGAGCAUUGUCAGUAGACAGGGGAGAAUCUCGGCAGCAAGGUACUGGCAGACCAAGUAUAUGUGUGGGAGAUGAGGACCGAAACAUCUCUCAUACAGAGGAAGGUAAGCACUUGGACUGAGGAAGACGCUCCAAUAUGUUCAGACCAUCAUGCAGAAGUUCGAGUCCGUUUUCAGACCUCGACAUGUGGGACACAAGAUCUCGCUUUGCAGCCCAGACCUCAGCAUGGAGUGGCAUGGCAGCUGUCUCUGGGACAGGGUUUCUGUCCAAAGUCAACACAAGCACAUGUGGGAGCACUGGUAGCUUCAGACAGAACGACCCAGGUCUGCGGAAGUGGCAGUCGUUGUCCCAUCUGGAGCCUGAGGCUGGGACAUGGCCCUUUCCUCCAUCUCCAGGGUCUGAACUGAGGGCUGCCAGAGGUGAACGAAGCUUCAGACAGGCUGAAGUGGGACAAUGGAUGCAGGAUGCUCAUGAGCGUCUGGACAGCCAGCUCAGUGGGCUAAGAAACAAAAACUCACAGCUAAGUUAUAACAAAACUGCUGCACAUCUCCAUGACAUUAAACAUCAGGAGAAGGAGUCCGCUGAAUUUUCCCAGUAUGAAAUCAGUCGGCAGCGAGGACAGCUUCAUGACAAGGUCAUACAGCUGGAGAAGGAGCUGUUGCAAAUGAGGUCUAGUAUGGGAAGAGGAGGCAGUGAUCAAACAGAAGAGAAAACUUUUGCAUCAUUCAGCAAUAUUUUUCCAUUGAGUCAAGAAGACCCAAACAGGCAGGAUAGUCAGAGGGUUGAUUCAGAGCUGCAUAAGCUUAGAGAGGCUCUGAAAGAAGCUGAGGCAAGGGCGAAGACACAAGAAGAAGAACGAAAACAGGCGCUCCAGAAACUCCAGAAUUCAGCAGAGAUACAGAGAACGCUGUUGAAUCAAAUCGAAGAGAUGAACCAGAGGCUCAGCAACACGAGGCAGAGUCAGUCUGAAGUUCAGGAACAGCUGAGUGACGCUAACAACAAGAUCAGCCAAGCAUGCCUGGACAAAGCCACCCUGCUGACUCAAGUGAUAAAACUGGAGGAUAAUAUAAAAGAAAUGAAGAGCAAACAGGCAGAGGAUCAGUCUGAGAAAGAUGCACUGAUCAAGGAAAAAGCAGAUCUGCACCAGAGGAACAAGGUCCUCGACCUGCAGCUGAAGAGGGCCCAAAAGGGUUCAGAGGGAUGUGAGGACUCUGAUUCCAACAACAACAACAAACAGGAUGAGGAAACAGAUCAGAUGAGAGAGGACUCAAAGGCUCUCAGAGAGGUCAAUGAAAAGCUGACACAUAAGCUUGAAAUGAUGAAUCAGAAACUGACGACAUCACAGUACGAGCUGCAGGAGAUGACAGCAGAGAGAGACAUCCUCUCCAAACAGACCACAGAGCUGAAGUCAGAAUGCUCUCAGCUUGUCAGAGAAGAAGACAAACUGCUCAGUAAAAUGAGUGAAAGUGGACAUGAAGAGCUAACAGAGAUUAUAGAAAAGUGCUGCCAGCUCAAAGAAUCAGUGGAAACAUUGGAAUCAGAAAAAGUGAAACUGCAGGAUCAGUGCUUGCGUCUGGAGGCAGAGGUCCUUGAGAAGGAGGAAAAGCUACAGGUGCAGGAGGAAGAGUAUAAGAGGCAAGAUGCAUUGAGAGUCCAGGCCAUAGAGGGACAGAAAGCCAUGACCUCACAUUGGACUGAGAAGUGGCAGAAGGUGGCUUUGACCCUGCAGGCCACACAGGAGGAGCUGGGAGAACUCAAAAAGAACAACUUCAGAAACGGGAAGGAAUCUGACUCACUGCUGAGGGUUCAGGUUGUUGUAUGUGAACCAGAGCCAGAGAGGAGCAGGGAUCAGGUGCAGCUUCAUGGACAUAAAGGUGGUGAAGCCGUGCAGACUCAGGAUGCAGAGGCAGUAACAGACUUAUCAGAAUCCUCUUUGUUAAGGGAAGCACCAUCAGACUCCCAGACCAACCAAAACAAAACCCCUCAGGUCAAAGAUGAGAAAUCAUCGGGGGAAAGCAUAAAGGAUACAACUGUCUGUACAACUGAUCCAGAGACCGACCAACAGAGGAGGCUAGUCACUGAGCAGUUAAAAAGUCUGUUUAAGGAGCGAGAAGAAAAGGAGGUUCAAACAGUUGACAACAGCUCAGGAGGAGCUCAGACAGGAGUCCCAUCCCCACAGGACCGGUUCCAAACUGCUAAAGCCAUGAGGAAAGCAGGGGACAGGGGGAUCUGGCAGCAUGGCUCAGGUUUGAUGCCGGUGUUUGAGGAGGACGAGGAGAGCAGUGAUUGUUCAGGAGGGGAGGAUGGAGCGCUGACAAAACUGUCAACCGAGAUGUUUGAUCACACUAUGGGGGCAGGAAUCAUCAAUCUGAAGGCAAAACAUGAGAAACUGCUGCAAGCUGCACUAAGAUGCAAGCAGCCAGUACACGCUUGUCUGCAGACUGCAGAAAAACUAUCAGACACGCCCUCUGAUGUCAAAGUGCCAAACAUGCCAAAUUAUUCAGCUGAGAGCAGCCUGCAGCAGAAGAGACCACCUCCAUUCUACCCGGAUGGAAUAUUCCUGGCUGAGGUUAUUGACAUCUGUAGCCCUGAUGAAGAUGCAGAGGAUGGAGUAGAUAAAUGAUGUGUUUGAUUAAUACUUCAGCUCUUGGUGAUGCUUGCUCUAUGCUCUAUUAUUAAAUUGUGUGUCCUUUAGCUCAUACUGUAUGCUUUUACUGGAAUAAAAAAGAAAAGACUCAUUCAC